AUGUGCAAAGAAUGCACUGAUCGACAUGUUCAUUGCCACGGCUAUGGCCCUAAGCCGACAUGGAUGGAUGGUGGACCGGAGGAGCAAAAAGAAAAGACUCGAAUUAAAGCAGCUAUAAAGGAAAAUUUUCGCCGGGUCAAGAAGAUGCAAGGUCGAGCCCGAAAAAGGGCUAAUGACUUAUCUCGAUCAUUAUCCGAAACACUAGCACCAACGCAGGGAGACGAAGGGCUGCAUGCUGUGAUCACGCCUCGCAGUCCACCUUACUCGUCGCUACCAGAUCAUGAGCGAACUAUAUCGGAGUCUUCCGAGGAUAAUAUCAACGCCUGCGCUCAAGACGAGACCGUUGAAGUUGAUGCAGAAUCUAGCCCGAGGUCCCUCGAGGGCAACACUAAUAUUGAUUCUCAGGAGGCAUGGCUGCUGAUGCAUUACCUCGAUCAAGUAUUCCCAUGGCAAUUUCCAUAUCAUGAUUCGCGCUCUCGCUUGGGAAAUCGAGGCUGGCUAUUCUCUCUUCUAAUGAAAAGGGGGCCUCUCUAUCAUGCUGUGCUGAGCCUUGCGUCCCUUCUUCAAAGCGCAAUGAUUGGAACCGAAGAAGAGUUCCAACGAAAGCAAAGCGCCUGGGACCACCAUUCAAGGGCUCUAAGGGAGCUUUGCGAUCUUAUGAGCGAAAAGGGAGACAAAUUACGUGAAAACCAUACUGAGCUGGCGGAGUUUUUGACAUGCAGUUUCAUUGGCGCAGAACAUGAUUGGCUUGUACAUCUUGACGCUGCUACGUCCGUAAUGAAUCUAUUAUCGGCCGAAGCGAUUUUCAAUCCUACACUCCACGACCGCAAUAAUAACCCAAGUCCCUUGAUCGAGAAUCUUCAACUCAUAAAGGGUAGCGUGAAGGAUGGUCUUGAAUUUCUCUUGGUGAUUGUAAUAUGGUUCGACCUUUUUGCCUGUCUUCCAACUGGGCGUGCUCCCCAACUUCCUUACCAUCGCUGGCUCCAAAUACCGGGUUUGAAUACAGCAGAUCUCAUGGGAUGUCAUAAUUGGGUGAUGGAAAUGAUUGGAGACAUUGCACAAUUCUCCAUUUGGAAGGAAACACAAGAAAAAGAUGGGAUACUGAGUAUUCGUGAACUUGCCAACAAGGGCCAGGGCAUAGAAACCCGGCUGGAAAAUGGAAUCCAGAGCCUUGAUCUGGCCCGAAGUGUAAGAUCAUGA